AUGUCUGCUCCCACAGGCAUCGCCGUCUCAGAAGAGCUCUCCUCUGUCUUCGCAAGCGCAAUCGAAUCUCAGAACGUCCGAUUCCUCAAGAUCUCCAUACGCAAUGAAUCUCUCCAACCGGACGAGACCAUCGCGCCCUCCGGGACUCUCGAGCAGGAUCUGGAUAGGUUGAACACUAUUGUGGAGGCCGAUAUCCCUGCCUAUGUGCUUGUCAGGCUUGAUGACCCUCCUUCGGAAUGGCUGGCGAUAUACUACGUGCCUGACACCGCGAAAGUGAGAGACAAGAUGCUGUAUGCUGCUACAAGGACGACCCUUACCAAGUCCCUUGGCGCAGCUCAUUUCACGGAUAGUAUAUUUGCGACAAGCAAGGAUGAUCUAUCUGCGGACGCGUAUUCGAAGCAUAAGCAGCACCUUGCGGCCCCGAAGCCAAUGAGUGCGAGGGAGAAAGAGAUCGAGGCUGUCAAAGCCGCUGAGCGGCAGGCGGGCAGUUACACCUACGAGGGCAGCAAUGCCAGAAGGAGCCAUGUAGCUUCGGGCGUCGGCUUCAAGUGGUCGAGUGAGGCAGACGGCGCCGUCAAGGAGCUGGCAUCUGGGUCGGGCAUCUCACUGGUGGUAUUGCACAUUGAUGCACCGUCAGAGACGAUCAUACUAUCGUCCGCUACGGAUUGUCCCGUAGAGCAACUGGGCUCUUCUUUGCCAUCUUCAGAGCCUUCGUAUGCCUUCUUCGCGUUGCCGCUGUCGCUCACCUCUUCACAGCGAGAACUAGUCUUUAUAUACUCGUGCCCUUCCUCGUCGCCUGUCAAGAAUCGUAUGCUCUACUCAUCGGGAGUCGGCACAACCACUUUGGACGCGAAGAGGGUCCUAGACCUAGCGGGCAAUGAAGCCACCAUUGUACCACGCAAGAUCGAAACCUCAGAUCCUAGCGAACUGGACGAAAAGUACCUUGCCGUAGAGCUGGGGCGCGAUGGAUCUGCGGCCACAGCAGCAGCUCCUGCCAUUCAAUCGGAAGAGAAGAAGCCCUUUGCGCGUCCCAAGGGUCCUGGUAGGAAGCGGUAG